CAAGUUUCAAUGGCAGAGGUUGUUCAUGAAGAUUUGGUUGAGCAGAUACUCGUCAGAUCAGAUGUGGAGGAUCUGCUCCGUUUCAAGAGAGUGUGUAAGUCAUGGCAUUCUUUAAUCACAAGUUCUCGUUUUGUUAAUCGUCACCUUAAGCAUAGUUACAAUAAAGAUCGCAUCGACAACCAGAUUGGACAUAGAAGAGUUACUUACGUAGAUGAUGACCGUAAGGAUCAGGAGCUUGUUGGUUCUUCCAAUGGCCUGGUUUGCAUUGCCUCUUUUUUUGGUUUUGAAUUUUCAGUAGUCAAUCCCUUGAUAGGAGAGGUAACACGGCUGAAGAGAGAUUUUAUGGGUUUUUCCUUAUGUUGGGGUUUUGGUUAUGAUGAAUCCACAGAUGAUUACAAGGUCAUCGUAAAAGGCAAGCAUCAAACAUGUGUUCGGGUGAUGAGUUUAAAAUCAAAUGUUUGGAGAGUUAUUGAAGAAGUGAAGUACAAGUUUAUUAGUAAGACUGGUAUUCUAAGCAAUGGUGCACUUCACUGGAUUGUAGAAGAUGAAAAUAGUAAGAAACUAAUUAGUUCUUUCGAUUUAUCCAAAGAAGAGUUUAAAGAAAUACCCCAACCUGAUGAUGUAAGAUAUGGAUGUAGUUAUAAUAGCCACCUGGGAAUUGUCAAUAAAUGUCUGUGCAUAUUUCGUCGAUCAAACUGUUGUUUUCUUGACGAUUUAUGGAUGAUGAAAAGCUACAAUGUAAAAGGGUCGUGGGAAUUGCUGCCGCAUAAUCAUAAUAUGAAGCAUGAUAUUGUACACCACUUGAAGGGAGAUGUAUCAUGGUUUUCAAGUACUUUCGAACAUCAUUGGGGUUGUGAAUGCAGUUGGAAGAAUACUGCUGCACCGAUAUUUGUGCAGAGCCUUGUACCUCCACAUGUAAAUGGGAGGCCAGUUAGUGUUAUUAAUAUCAUGAGGAAUUCUAGGGGGCGUUCUAUUGAUGCUCCGCCAGACCAUGGAUAUCGCCAUUAUAAUGGGAGUUCUAUUGAUGUUCCACUGGACCUUAUAUCUCCCCAUUACAAUGAGAGGCCGAGCCCGACAAGGUGAGUUCUAUUCUUUUCUUUUAACAGAUAGUAUAGAUUAUAGAUUUUCUUGCCUUUUUAUUUCUUAUCAUUCAUUCACCUCUCUUCUUGUUAUUCUUAUGCAGAUAAUAAGGGGACCAUUCUCCUGUGCGUUGACGCUAUUGAAGAAGCAGUCAAGAUGACAAAUGUUGCAGCAUGAAAAUAGUUUCAGUUGUCUUCUUUCUAUGACUUCCACUUGUAACUGUCAAUAAUAUCGGACAAGUGUUAAAGCUGAAGCUUGUAGGGCUAUGAGUUUUGCUUGUUCAUUUAGGUGUCUGGCUUCUGGUUUAUAUUAUCUUGUCUUUGAUGCA